GCCAUGAAGCAGAAGCAGCAGCAGAAGGAGAUUUUUGCGGCCAUGUUUUCGUUUCCGCUGAUGUGGAAUAAACUCCAGAUCUCGGUGUAGAGAGAAGAGAGGAAACAUUCAGAAUAUUCACUUUACUGAGGGUUUUGUUGAAUUAUGCCUUAUUAUCAGACCUGGGAAGAGUUUGCUCGAGCGGCAGAAAAGCUCUACCUGACCGAUCCGAUGAAGGUCCGAGUUGUGCUGAAAUAUCGCCACUGUGAUGGAAACCUGUGUAUAAAGGUCACAGAUAACGCUGUGUGUUUGCAGUACAAAACUGACCAGGCACAGGACGUGAAGAAGAUCGAGAAGCUGCACGGAAAACUGAUGAGACUGAUGGUGUCAAAGGAGUCCCACAGUGGAACGAUGGAGACGGACUGAAGGACAGUGACCGGAAUGCUGUUCCUGCUCCUCUCACACUCUUGAAGAGCAUGGACCUAAAAAUUCUGGCUUUAGAGGGCUGAGACGUUUCUUACACAAAAGUGGAAAAUGAUGUCCUCAGGAAUCUUCCCAUGAAGAGCUGAUCUAUUUUCCCAUAUGCAGCAUGGACUUUUAUUUUAUUUUGUGAUUGACCAGUGUUCUGUACAUAAUGCUCUAUUGUUUUUAGGCCAGCAUUGAUACAUGUGGUUACAUGCUUGUGAAAGCCAUGUCUCCUCUGAUUAAUCGUGUCUGAUCACCCAGUACUCUGUUCUGCUAUGACUACAGCAAACAAUUCCUUAUUCCUUUCUGUUAAGAAUCUCCUGUUCCCCUUAAGCAUUUUCGGAUCCUCUUCUUUAGAAGGUGACUUUUCUUUAUGCUGCAACACUGAUUUUCAUUUAUAUUUUUAAGUUUAGUAUCAAUAAACAAAUAGGUCUGAACAAUGAUGUUGUAAGACAAUUAUUAUCACACACUGAUAUGAUGAAAGUUUAAAGAUAAAAACAUUAAUAAUAAUCUGAGAAAUGCUGCUCCUUUUAAUGGAAAUAUAAAUUGACUACAACUUGCACUACUAAUCCAAACACUGAAAACAUCUCCUACAGGUUUUCUUCUUUUUUGUCAUUUUCUACUCUUUUAGUAUCCUAAUGAUUUCUAGUACACUACGGAUUUCUAAUGGAAAUAAUGAGUGACCAAGAACAGUGUUAAACAAAUCAAAUCUUUUUUAGAUUUUAAAUUCUAACAGAGGCACAGAAUUGUUCUUUGGUACGAGUAGCUCAAAAAAUGUUGAGAAGAACUUGAACAUUCAGGCCAUGCUAACUGCUAUAGGAGAUACAGCUGUCUUUCAGCUCUUCUUGGACAUUUACUUGUAUGAAGUUAGAUUAGAUUUUAUUUUCAACUGAUAAAGUCAUGAAAUUAAUCAUUGUUUAACAUAUGACCAUUAAAUUCAUUUAUUUAUUUGAA